CUCUCCGUGAAGCCUAGCUGUUGUUUAAUUCAAGGUAAACUAGGCUGGUUGUGAAAAGUGAAGGCAAUGGACCGCUUCCUAGGUUUUGUGAAGCAGAUCAGACGAUCCAGAAGAAGAAAGGGGAAAAAGUACAGACCAGAAGAGGAUUACCAUGAGGGCUAUGAGGAUGUCUAUUACUAUGCUUCCGAACAUUUUCGAAAUGAGAGUCCUUACACUAAGUCCGCCAGCCAGACAAAGCCACCUGAUGGAGCAUUGGCUGUGAGGAGACAGAGCAUCCCAGAGGAAUUCAAAGGGUCUACGGUUGUGGAAUUGAUGAAGAAAGAAGGCACCACCCUCGGGCUCACGGUGUCUGGCGGAAUCGACAAGGAUGGCAAACCAAGAGUCUCUAACCUUCGACAAGGUGGAAUUGCUGCAAGAAGUGAUCAGUUGGAUGUGGGAGACUACAUCAAAGCUGUAAAUGGAAUCAAUCUCACCAAAUUCCGCCAUGAUGAAAUCAUCAGUUUGCUGAAAAAUGUUGGGGAAAGGGUCAUCCUCGAAGUGGAGUAUGAACUCCCAUCCAUCUCUGUACAAGGAUCUGGUGUUGUGUUCCGAACUGCAGAAGUCACCUUACAUAAAGAAGGCAACACUUUUGGCUUUGUAAUACGAGAUUCAGUGGCAACAGCUUCUGGGCCACUACUUGUUGAAGUUGCCAAAACCCCCGGUUCCAGCCUUGGUGUUGCAUUGAGUACUUCGAUGUGCUGUAACAAGCAAGUCAUCAUCAUCGAUAAAAUCAAAUCUGCAAGUAUUGCUGACAGAUGUGGUGCAUUGCAUGUUGGGGACCAUAUUCUUUCCAUCGAUGGAACUAGCAUGGAACAUUGCACAAUGGCAGAAGCUACCCAAUUCCUUGCCAAUACCACAGACCAGGUCAAACUUGAGAUCCUUCCCUAUCACCAGACUCGAGUGGCAUUGAAGGGACCUGAACACGAAAAAGUUCAGAGGAGCAACGGGCAACUUACCUGGGAUCCCUGGGCCAACAACCACAACAGGCUACUCACCUAUCACCAUUAUAACACCUACCGCCCUGACCAUUGCAGGAUGGCAGCCUGGAAAUUCCAGAAACCAACUCCUCCGAAAAACCCUCCAUUCAUUUUUUUUGGUAGUGAAGAAUCAGAAUUGGAUCCUGGACUCGACAAGAGUUCAUUUUCGUGCUCGCCCAAAGCAUGUGAUGCUCUCCGAGAACUGAACACUCUGGGAGUUUGCCAUCUAAUGGAGACAGCAGUAUCACGAACAGAUAUUGAGCAGACAUCAACCAAUGAAUAUAUAAUGAGCGUGCAGAAUAUUUACCUCAUGCACGAGCCUUUAUUUGAUGUUAGCCUGGUGAUAACUAAUUUUUUUAUCUUCUUCUCUAUAGCACCAGCGAGUAGAAAGCCAGGAGAUCCCCUUGUCAUCUCAGAUAUCAAGAGGGGCAGUGUGGCUCACAGAACUGGAACCUUGGAACUUGGAGACAAACUACUGGCCAUUGAUAACAUCCGGCUGGACAACUGCUCCAUGGAAGAUGCAGUUCAGAUCUUACAGCAGUGUGAGGACCUCGUGAAGCUCAAAAUCCGUAAAGAUGAAGAUAACUCCGAUGAACAGGAGAGUUCGGGAGCCAUUAUUUACACGGUGGAGCUCAAGCGCUACGGAGGCCCCCUGGGCAUCACGAUUUCAGGAACGGAGGAGCCUUUCGAUCCCAUAAUCAUCUCCAGCCUCACUAAGGGAGGACUGGCUGAAAGAACCGGUGCAAUCCACAUUGGCGAUCGAAUCCUAGCCAUCAACAGUAGUAGCUUAAAGGGAAAACCUUUGAGUGAAGCCAUCCAUUUGUUACAGAUGGCAGGAGAGACUGUCACCUUGAAAAUUAAGAAGCAGACAGAUGUCCAUUCAGCAUCAAGCCCCAAGAAAUUCCCCGUUCCCAGUCAUUUAAGUGAGCUGAGUGAUGUAGAGGAUGAAACAUCUACUCCACAGAAACCAGGCAAACACUCCGACAUUUACUGCGCUACAGCACCCAGCGUGGACAGUGCUGUUGAAUCAUGGGAUAGCUCUGGUAUGGAUACCAGCUAUGGAAGUCAAGGUCCUGGCUUCCCUGCUUCAGGAUCCAAUUUCAGUGCAUUUGAAUGGAGGAAUCCUAAACAAAGAAGUAGUUUGUCCCCAACUAGCAAGACACUGAACCAAGAAGUGGAUCUGAGUGAUUAUGAAUGGGAAAGGCCGACAACUAGUAGUUUUCCAGGGUCCCACAACAAUGCCGAUGGGGAACAGGAAGAGAACUUCUGGUCUCAAGCCCUGGAGGACUUAGAAACCUGUGGACAGUCAGGAAUUCUGAGAGAGCUUGAGGAGAAAGCGGACAGGCGUCUGUGUUUGAGAAACAUGACUCUCUUGGCCACAAUCAUGCUGGGGAGCACACUGAGCUUGAAUCACGAGGCCGCCGCACCAUCACGCAGUCAGUUAGGACGCCAGGCGAGCUUCCAAGAAAGGAGCACCUCCCGAAGUCACUACAGCCAGGCCACUCGAAGCAACACCCUGCCCGUUGACAUGGGUAGGAAGUCUAUUCCCCCAAGAAAAAUCAAGCAGGAAAUGAAGGAGAUCAUGUCCCCAACUCCUGUGGAACUGCAUAAGGUAACCUUGUACAAGGACUGUGACAUGGAAGACUUUGGGUUCAGCGUAUCAGAUGGAUUGCUGGAAAAAGGAGUAUAUGUUAAAAAUAUUCGCCCCACUGGACCAGGAGACCUAGGUGGCUUAAAACCAUAUGACAGGCUCUUACAGGUUAAUCACGUCCGUACAAGAGAUUUUGACUGCUGCCUCGUCGUACCCCUCAUAGCAGAAUCUGGCAAUAAGUUGGACCUGGUUAUUAGCAGAAACCCCCUGGCUUCUCAGAAGGUAGUCCCAGAUCAACAACGUACUUUACCGGGUGGAGAAUGGGGUGACCAGAACAGAGCUUUCUUUCAACAAUCUGGACAUGGUGGUAGUCUAGAGACACGAGAACCCACUAAUACAUUAUAG